AGUGGCAGUGUGUGAUGAAUUACAUAGUGUUGGCUAAGUGGUUGAUUUCUAGGCAUUCUGACUUUAAAAAAAGGUAAAAAAGAAAUGUAAUAUUGGUUUUGGGUGUUAACUAAAUAACACUGAAACAUCCUUUACAUUAGCUCCUAACUCAGGCUAUGUAAUGGUGUAGAUUCUUGUCUUUCCAGUUUCAGGGACUUCAGCAACUUUGGUUUUUUUUUUCAUGACACCCAAAGGAUAGUUUCAAACCUUUAAGUCCAGUUUUAAUUUCUGUGAUAGAGGACUUUUCAGUUUCUCUCUUUGAUGACUGCCCUUUUAGUUGCUAUAAGAACAUCCAGGCUUGUAUGUCUGACCUGAUCCCUUUAGAGUUUCAUUGGGAUAGUUGCCUGCAGGAGUUCCUUAAAAUGGGUGUUGCAGAGUUGUGUAUUAUUUUGUUAAUGGUCCCAAAUGUAUUUGCAAAAGAUAUAGAAAAACAAAAAGACCCAUACUUUUCUGUGGCCCUGGCUCCUUAGCUGGAUCACAGCUCCUAUGAUGGACUGCGUUGAUUUAACUGGUGAGAAGACUACAGUGCAUCAUAGGGGAUGUGUUACAGGUCUAGUGAGGGAGCCAGGCCCAUAGAGGAAAAUGCGGGCAUGAAGCACCUGAACUACACAAGGCACUGCAACAGCACAGGUAGAUACAAAUUAAUGUUGACCUAAAACAAAAUGUUUUGGUUCAGUUCUGCAAACCAAAAUAUUUAAAUGAAACUGAAUAUUUAGUUUCUAAUUUCCAGUGGAAAAUAGAAAAAAAUCAGCAAAACUGAAAUUGUGGAAGCUGCAUUUUAUGCCCAAAAAAACCCAAACAGAAAAUUCCAGGCCAUCUCUAGUUAAUAUAAUUGAUUUGAUUAUUGUGAGCAUUGUGGAAGAGAUGAGGUUUCUCAAGGGAGUUUCCUAUAUAACACUCCUGAUAUGUGUGGUGUGUAUGUUGAGUGUGUAUUUAAGUCUUAUGUGAGGCACAAUUGUCCAGACUAGAUUUUAAGUUAUUUGGCAAGAUUUAAGACAAUCCUUCAGUCUUCUAGAUUGUAGAGUUUUUUGAGAGAUAUCAAAGUGAAAGUACUUUGAAUUCAAGUCUGUUUAUAUGCGUAGAUGGAAUUGCGGUACUAGAUGGAAUAAAAGGGCACUCUGUGAGGGGCUAUGGCUGUAUUAGCUUUUAGUGUCAAGAAUAUCUCCAUUCUCAAAAUCUGCCGUGUUAUUUCACUUGGAGUUCAGUUCAGACAUGCGCAAAGCUCUGUUCUUUUAAUUCUGCAGUUUAGCCCUACGUGCUGUUCACGAGAAGAGUGUUCAGUAGUUUUAACUAAGCAUUUGUUCUUCCUUCUGUACCAUAAUGUUAGUCUCUUGUUUUGAAGGUCUGCAGAAGCAACUCAUGAAGGACAUAAGGCGGCCAAAUGUGCAAAUCCACAGUGUUCCAUCCCUCUUCUUCAGAGCACUUUUUGGGAUGCUUUGGGAUGGAUAGGAAAUGAGGAUAAGGCAGGACCCAUUGGUAGUCUCUUCAGUGUCUAGAUCUCAGAUUGUUGAUAUUGUUGUUGGAAAAGAUGAGAAGGGCAGAAAGAUUCCAGAAUAUUUGAUCCAUUUUAAUGGUUGGAACAGAAGCUGGGAUAGAUGGGCAGCUGAAGAUCAUGUUCUUCGUGAUACAGACGAAAACCGCAGAUUACAACGUAAAUUGGCAAGAAAAGCUGUAGCUCGCAUGAGAAGAAAAGGAAGGAAGAAGAGACAUUGUCGGCUGCCUGGUGUUGACUCUGUGUUAAAAAGCCUUCCUGCUGAGGAAAACGAUGAGAGUAGUGAAAAUUCUAUAAGUAGUUCUUCUGAUGACAGUGAUGAAGGAACCGAUGAAGAAAUAAAAAGUGAAGAAAGUGAUCUUGAAGAGAGGACAGACAUGAAAGAAGAACAAGAGAUUCACAGUAAAAGGGAUAUGGAAGAAAGAGCAAUAAGUAUAGAAAUUCCUGAGGUUUUGAAAAAAAAGCUUGAAGAAGACUGUUAUUAUAUUAACAGGAGAAAACGGCUAGUGAAACUGCCUUGUCAGAGAAAUAUAAUAACUAUCUUGGAGUCAUAUGUGAAGAAUUUUGCCAUUAAUGCAGCGUUUUCAGCUAAUGAAAGAUCUCGGCACCAUCAAAUGACUUCACAUGUCAACAUGAACCUUCAUUAUGUCCCACCAGAAAAGAAGGGCUGGUGUGAGAUACCCCCUGCUGAAGUAAAGUUAAACUUUGAGCUUUAUGAGUUGACACGUGGUCAGGUUAUAGGAGCACAAACUCCAAAAGUGCCGGUGUAUCACAAAAUGCCUUCAGAGGGCACCAGUUACAGUGUUGAGUUAUGUAAAGAAAUGGUGGAUGGACUGAGGAUAACCUUUGACUUCAUUCUUCCAUUGAUCUUGCUCUAUCCCUAUGAGCAAGCACAGUUUAAGAAGGUGACUUCAUCCAAAUUCUUUCUUCCAAUCAAAGAAAAUGCAGCAAACACUAACAGAAAUCAGGAGGAGCUAUCCCCGAGUCCACCUCUGCUGAAUCCACCAACUCCUCAAUCCACAGACAGUCAGCCUACAACAGGAGAGCCAGCAACACCCAAGAGGCGAAAAGCUGAGCCUGAAAUACUGCAGUCUCUGAGGCGUUCUACACGUCAUACGUCGAACUGCGACAGGUUGUCAGAAAGUAGUGCAUCUCCACAACCUAAACGACGGCAUCUUGAUACACCUGCUUCAAUGCCAAAACUGUUUUUGCAUCUGGAAAAAAAAGCUGCAGCUGUGACACAUGGUAGAGAAGAGGAGAUGAAGCUGCAUGCUGGGGUUGUGAAGAGGUAACUUUUUAGGGAGUUA